AUGACUGUACUGUCACCGUGUAAACGCGCCUUUAAUAAUGAAACAAUAGAUAAAAUAACCGAACGGCAAUAUUCAGAAGAAGCUACAUUCUGGAAAAAAGUGUUACAUAGAAUUAUAAAAAUAAUUCUACAUCUUACUUCUGGUAACACAGCAUUGAGAGGUCAUGAACAGAAAAUUAAUAAUCCUGAACAAUUUGACGGAGAAGAUAUAAAUAAAUGCAGAGGACAGGGGUAUGUUGGGGCUUCUGUCAUGAGUGGCGUAUACUCCGGAGUCCAAAAAAUAUUAAAAGACAAAGAUCCUACAGCAUCUUAUGUUCACUGUUGUGCCCAUAACUUGAACUUAGUCAUAUCAGAUGCAGCUAAAAGCUGUCAAAAAGUAGUAUCAUUUUUUGAAACUGUUCAAGCAGUUUUCAAUUUUUUGAGUUCCAGUGCUCCUAGGUGGGCUAACUUAGCAUUUGGGAAUGAUGAAAACAGAAAAAUUAAACUGAAAGUCUUAAAAAAGGUGUGUCCAACUCGAUGGGAAUCACGACAUGAGUCUAUAAAUGCAUUAAAGUUAAGGUUUAUAGAUAUUUUAAAAGCAUUAACUAAUAUAUCAUUAACUAGUUCUAAAAAAGAUGAAAAAGCUUCUAAGCAUUACACCAAAUCCCUUCAGAAACAAAAUACAAAUUUGCACAAUGCAUGCCAAAACUUAAAUGAAGCCCAAUCAAUUAUAGAAAACUUAAGAGAUAGCUAUGAAAAUAUACUGUUGGAGUGUAAAGAAUUAUGCUCCAGAUGGGGAAUGACUCCUAACUUCCAUGUUAAGAGGAGUAGACUUGCUCUACAAUAUUUUGAUGAAAUUGAUGAUGAUCGUCGCCUAAAUAUAACUGAUGAAAAUUUCAGGGUUAAAAUUUUUCUACCUGUGAUUGAUACAGUUAUAUUUCAAUUAAAUUCACGGUUUCAAGGACUACAAGAAGUUACAGAGAAUUUUGAUUUCUUAUUUCCUACAAUGUUAACUAAAAUGGACGAAAAUGAUAUCUCUAAGGCUUCAAUGGACUUUUUUUUAUUUAUACAAUGA